AUGGGGGACAUUGAGCAUUGGAUUGCUUGCGUCAAGCGCGACGCCCUCGCUGACGCAUACUCGCAGCUCGACGAGACCGAUGUCGAUGUCGAUGCUGUGCUUGCGGCUGCUCGCCGUUCAAUGGCUUGCGCUGAUGCGAGCGCUGAUGCGAGCGCUGAUGCGAGCGCUGAUGCUGGAGGGAGCAAUGCCGUGCCUCGGGUGCGGCGGCUUGCAGCGGUGGAUGCGACUGCUGCCUUUCGUGCUGGCCAGCAGAGUGGCCGGACAGGGCUCUGGGGCGGGAGCGAGAUCCAGAAGCGCCUGACCGAGCUGAACAGAGGACUGGUUCGGAUGCAGCCGGCGAGAGGCUCGCCUCGGGCGCGGACACCGCUGGCGCGACUGGAUGGCAAUGUUGCAGUGGAAGACGAGGCGGAUCGGGCGAGUACGCAGAAGGAGCCGGCGGCGACGAUUGUGGGCACUUUGCUGGAUGCGGAUGCUGCCGACGCAGUGGCGUGCGAGGCACGCGGAUUGCUGGAUGCAUGGCGACAACAGGUAGUUGGAACUGCGGCACCUGCAUACGAUGAUCCGAGCGAGGUCAAGGCCGCGGCCAAACGCGAUUCCAUGUCCAAGCGGGCGCGGGCGCGGGCGGUGGAGAAGGAGGCGACAGCAGCUGAUCCCGUCAAGCUGGCUGAGGCUGCCAAGGCCGUUGCUGAGGCUAAAGCCCAGCGGCGAAUUGCCCGACGAGCAGCCGUGCUUGCCCGCAAGGCCGCGGCCGAGAAGGCCGAGGUCGAGCGGCGGGGUCGGGUCCUGGAAGCCCGCCGAAAGAAGGAGGCCCAGGCCGAGCGACUGCGGAACCAAGCGCUGGAGAAAGAUCGGCGAGCUCGAAAGGCACGGAUCGAGAAAGCGCGCAAGGCGGCGGCCGCGGCCGAAGCGGCGCGGCGCGAGGCAGCCGCCCGCGAACGCACCAAGAUCGAGGCUGCGGCAAAAGCAGCGCGUGAGAAGGCACUGCAUGCGGCGCGGAUGGCGGCCGACGACAAGUUCCACGCUGCACGUGCCGCCGCAGGACGACGGAUGCUGCGGCGUUGGCAUGCGCGGGCAGUGACACUCGUCCAGUCUCGGGCAGCUGCCGAAGACGUGGUGCUGUGGAAGCGGCGCGGGCGGUGGUUUGGCGCGUGGGUCCGGGCUGCAGCCAAGGCACGGGCAGUGUCUGAGCGGCUGCGCACCAUCGAGGCACUUCGGGCCGAGAAGAUCAAGGCCCAGGCCGCUCUGUCAUUUGCACGCCAGCAGUUGAUGUCGCGUGCACUGCUUGGAUGGCGAGCGGCCGCCGCAGUCCAGCGCGCAGACGCAGUUGCCCGCGCAGGGCACGAGCGGCGGAAGGCGCUGAUGGAAUCUGUUCUCUCGAGCGCAGCCGCAUCGACUAGGGUUGUAGAGCCUGAUCCGGUUGCUACUGCAUCCGCUCCACCACAGCGGGUGCGACGGAAUCGCAAGGUCCGUCCGGUGGCGCAGGCAGUUGGCUUUCCGGCAAUGGAGGCACGGGCGCGAAAGAUGGAGGCGCGGGCGCGGGCGCGGGCGGUGCGGAAGCUGGGCAGGGCUGUUGCGGCCGAGGCAGCUGCGCUCGGCGCAGUGCGUGUUGCGGCGGCUGAGGCUGCGGCUGCAGCUGCAGCCAGGGCUGCGGCUGAGCGAGCGGCAGUGAUUGAGGCCGAGGAGGCGGCGGCGGCACGUGCUGCAGCAGCGGCCCGGUUCAAGGCGCUUGCGGCCAAAGCCGAUGCUUUCGCCGCGCGAGCCGCACUGCGAUACCGCGGGCUGGGACCGUGGCGCCAGCUGGUGGCACGGCAUGCGCGGGCGGCCGACGGCUUCCGGGCGCACUCGCUCCUCAAAUCGGCGCUUGCUUCGUGGGCGAUGCGGGCACAGCGCGUUGCGGCACUUCGUCGCGCUGAAGCCGCCGUGACAAGCCGCCGGCGCAAGACCAGGCUCAGCUCGCACUUUUUCGCGUGGAUGCAGAUGGCAGCGAGUCGGAGCCAGGCCCGUGAUACCGCCGAGGCCAGCAUCACUCGUGCCAUCGAAGUACGGCUCGUGGCUAGCAGCUGGGCGACGUGGAAGCGAGCGCGGCGGGCCAAGACCCGGGUGACGGCGGCCAAGCAGCGGCGGCAGGCGCUUUGGGCCAAGGCGCAGCGAUGGCUGGAUGAGUAA